UCAACUGAAGGGCUGAGUGAGUGAGACACGGAGGAUAAGAUAAAGUAAAAAGAAAGACAUGUGACAGUGAAUACUUGCAGGAACUACCUGAACAGUUAAAUUUCUACUUUUUAUGGGAGGCAGAAAACAAAACAACUACCUGUGGAGAUGGGAAGCACCACCCCCCCAUUGUAUCUCAAUGUGAGUGAGAAGAUGAUCAACUCGACAUCAGACCCUGCUAAGAAUGAGGAGGCUUACAGUGAGGCAACAAUGAUCCUGCUGGGCAUGAUCAUGUCCUUACUCGUCCUCUGUAUAGUCUUUGGCAACAUCCUGGUCAUAAUAGCGAUCGCCCGCUUCCAGCGUCUCCAAAAUGUCACCAACUGUUUCAUCACGUCCCUGGCCUGUGCUGACCUGGUAAUGGGUCUCAUUGUGGUUCCUUUCGGUGCCUGUUACAUCAUCUUCAAGACCUGGCACUUUGGUAGUUUCUGGUGUGAGUUCUGGACUGCGACUGAUGUGCUUUGUGUGACUGCAAGCAUCGAGACCCUGUGUGUCAUAGCUAUAGACCGUUACUUGGCCAUUACUUCUCCCUUCCGCUACCAGUCGAUGCUGACCAAAGGCAAGGCUCGCAUUGUGGUCGUGCUGGUGUGGGUGAUUGCAGCCUUGAUAUCGUUCCUGCCCAUCCACAUGAAGUGGUGGAUAUCAGAUGAUAAGGAAGCUAAGGAGUGCAUUGAGGACAGUAACUGUUGUGAGUUCUACACCAACAUGGCUUAUGCCAUUACCUCCUCUAUCGUCUCCUUUUAUAUCCCUUUGGUCAUCAUGGUUUUUGUCUACAGCCGUGUUUUCCAGGAGGCCAAGCGCCAGCUGAAGAAGAUUGACCAAAGUGUUGGACGUUUUCAUAACAGUGACAGCAACCUCAAAUCUCUUGAGGCCAACAAUGGGCGUGGCCAGAAAAAGGCCAAAUUUUGCCUGCGGGAACACAAAGCCCUAAAGACUCUGGGGAUCAUCAUGGGGAUCUUCACUCUGUGCUGGCUGCCCUUCUUUCUGCUCAAUGUGGUGGUGGCCAUAUGGAAGGUGGAGGACAUCGACCUCACAUUUAGGAUUCUCAACUGGAUAGGUUACGCGAACUCUGCCUUCAACCCGCUAAUUUACUGCCGCAGUCCUGAGUUUAGAUAUGCCUUCAAGGAAAUCCUCUGCAUGAAGAGGAACCGCCUCAGCAACCCAGGACCUGUUAAUGGAUACAUCUACAGUAGGCACAGCUGGCAGAGUGAGCAGCAGGGGAGAAGUAAGGGCAGCUCGGAAGACAGUGACACCCAUGAAGGGUGCAUGGGGAAGGGAGCGGGGGUUUGCAGCGUUGUGGACAGAACAGUGGACCCCAACGGAAAUUGCAGCAAAGCCCUAACAACUGUAACAACAGUCCUUUAAACCUGGAGCUCUGCGACGUCUGUCAACAGGGUCAUCCGUUAAUGUUUACACUGCUAUAAUGAACUUUUUCCAAUUGACUAUUGAAGGUAAGGCCAGUCAAACUGACUGGAGACUGCUUUAAAGAAACUGUAAUAAUCAUGUUCAGCUGAGGAAAGUGUUCUUCUUCCUCAGUGAUUAAAUAGAUAGAUCACUUUUCUUUGUUACAUUUAUCAUGUUGAUUUUAAAUCUACCUCACCACAUUUUCUUCAAUAUUUGUUUCUUAACCGUUUAUCUAAACUAUUUCACAUUGACUCACUGUCCACAGAGUUACACUAGGGCAGUAUCUCAGCAGUUUAUUUACUCUACUAAAUGGUCUCUGAAUGAUAUAAAGUAAUUGUUAAUUACCUGGCUCCAAUUUUAUUCGCAGGCAUGUUUUUUAUAUCUUGGCAUUCUUAGCGAAAGAUCACAUAAUUUACUCGCAAGAACAUGUUUAUGUGUUUCGAAGGAAAUGUUGGAGGCUGUAAAGUCUGUUCAGGCAAUCCAAUUCAGCGUGGAUAGUGAAUAAUAUAUUUAUACAUGAAUACAUUCCAAACCAACCAAGAUUAAAUUCAAUUUUCCAGUUUUUGAUAGAUUUUCUAAUGUGAAAGAUGAUCAACACCAGGUGUGGCAGAAUCUGUCUCUCCCUCUCUCUCUCUCUCUCUCCUCAGUGCUCUGUAAUGUUGUCAGGCCCAGCUCCCUGCAUGCUCUAAUGUUUUACAGCCUGUUGCAUGGGAGUUUCUGUUGCCAGCAGAUAGUAGAGGAGAUAAGAAGGCUCAUAGUUAUCUCCCCGAUGUAAGCUGAGAAACGCCAGGGGCCAUCCUCUGUUAGUCACUUGAUAAAGCUUGCAAGCUUGUGUAUGUAUCAGCAAGAUUCCAUUGUCAGCCCGAAAGAUACCUAAUACACUUCGGUCCAAAGCAGGCAGCAUUGUUGUUAAUCCUAGGUAUUGACCUUUAAAACUUGCAGCUGUUGUAUAAAUUUCAGUGCAUUAUUGUUUUAAAACCUUUGCUACUGCACAGUCCAAACCAGUUAUAUCUUGCGUUCAGUCCACUGGUUCAUUUUUGAGACAUGCAACCAUUAUUUGGUACAUUAUAUUGCCGUUACUUAAGUGUACUAUUAGGGGUAGAAAACUGUUAUUGUUUCUUUUCCUUUCUGCUGGUGGCAAAAGAAAUGGUUUUCCCUAUUGUUGCACAAUCCCUAUUUGUUUAUGACAUUUUGUGGUUGCUGUGCUUCAGUAUGUACAGUGUUUACUGAAACUAGAGAAGCUGUUUCCUCAGCCAUGGCACAAGGGUACAAACGACGCACUAUAAUAAACAGAGCGUCAAAAUAGCCAAGUGAUAACAAAGUUCCAGGUCCAAGAUGUGCUAGUGGCUACUCAGGCCUGUAAACACAGAUGAGAAAAUCAGUCAGUCAGCACUCCUGAGCUGUGCACCUAUGUGCUUCCUGCCUGACAUGUCCCAGAAUCUGCUCAUUGUAAACGGAUGUCUGGAUCAUCAUGAAAUCUGUCAGUGUUUGGAAUGAGCGCUCAGGAGUGUGUUGGGUAGUUCCCCAGCUGUUUCAGUCAGUUUCAGCGAGUGUCCUUUUCUCGGUGUGCCGUCUCCGGGAAAUACCCUAAACCAGCUGAGCCCAGCCCAAUAAAUACAAAUAAAUGCAUUAUCUCUGCUGUUUAGCUGGAGAAUCAAAUAAUGCCUUCCUAAACCAAACAUUGAGAUAGAUUAGUAGAUCACAAAGUAUACAGUUCUCAGUUUUCAGGCUGUGAGGUGAUCCAAAGAGCCAGCAUGAAAUGAUUGUCUUAUCAUUCGUCUUAAGAUCACAGGCUCCAGGGACUGUUGUGUCGCCUUUUGACGUAUUAAUGAAGGAUGAGUACUUAGUAUGCAGGGCUUUAAAUUGAGGAUUACCCCCACUUUUCCCAGUCAAAAUGGCAGGCAAGUCCAUUACUCCAAGAGAAAUAAUGGAGGUGUUGCAGUGGAUCCAGUCAGGUUAGCGUUCUGAUCGAAGUGACAGCAUGCUAAAUGUGGCUCCUAAAGGCAGGAGGGGGAGCAGGGAUUCUCUGCCAGUCUAAAUCCGUGUUAGUGACCUGUGUUUUAGUGCAUGUGGCGUUGCCCCUGGAGUAAGGUCAGCUGACGCUGUCAAAACUGUGAACUUUGAAUCUCUAUGUACUGUAUUGCUAGGUUUGGUCAGCACUGUUGUCACAGACCUUAGGAAUAGACGUAAAUGUGGUGUCAUCAUACGUCAAUGUUUGCCGAGCUAAAAACAAGCUUUCCACUAUGUUCUUUUUUCCUGUUUUUCUUUUUCACUGAAUAACAUCAAAGUAAAUGUGCACCAGGGUUUCUCAACAUUUUGACUGUACAGCAUGCACAAAGCAUGAACAGACAAAGAUUUUAGACCAAGAUUUUGAUAAGAGACUAUUGUAUUUAUUCACACACAAUGAACUGAAGCUUAACUAAUAAGUCACUGCUUGCUUAGAAAAGGAAAACACAUGUUCAAGUCAAUUUAAAACAUCUGCCAUUUGUUUUAAUGCACUUUGCAAAUUAUCUUUUGCAUGUCAAAUCUGUAUUUGUGGUGGUGUGUUUUGUGGACUUUGGUGCCAUUACCUUUCAAAGUGAUCUAUUUAGUCCAAGUGGAGUAAGGCUGUGAAGAAUAUAUCCACACUGCUCCCUCCUGGCAGUGGCCUCUCUUUGCACCUCAGCUGUCUCAGAGUUAUUGACGGUUACUGUUUCAUCAAUAUGCCUAUAUAUUAAUGAAUGUAAUUCAUGUCUUCACCUCCCUAUGCUGUAGGACACAACACAGUUAAGUGCAAUGACUCUUGAAUGAUUAGCUGACACUACAACAUUCCAAGCAUGGCUGAAGGUAUGAAACCAUAUACCAUGCCUACUGAUGCAUAUAAUGUACAUUCUGUUCUCUCACCAAUCUUUGACUGUAGAUUACUCAUAUUACCAUCUGGUGUAUGGUUAUACCAACUCUGCUAAUAUAAAAGACUCUUUUUAAAGUGCAUUCUGGUUACGGACAAGUCUUAGGGGAUAUAUUAUAAAGUGGCACAUAUAUUUUCAGUGUUAAAGAAAUUUCAUAUGAGUAGAUUAUUUAUGGUUACAAACAGCUUAAGCAUUUUGAUGUACGUCAUGCAACAUCACAUUUUAAACUGAUCAAGGGUCAGGUGAGCUAAACUAAUUCAGUCCUUACUGGUUCAUUACUGUUACUUUUGACUAAAAGUCUCCUUUUGUGUACCCCACAAUAACAGCUCCCCCAUGACUUAGAUUAGGUUUGUCACUGACUUAAAGCAGCACUGUAUAGCACUUUUUCAUGAGACACUUGUAGAUUUUUAGGCAUCGAAUCCUAUUUAAGUUCAUGAACUGUAAACAAAUAAUGGCUGGAGAGUUAUGCUGUUCACUUGUAUCAUAAUAUCUUUGUGGUCCUCUCUCAUGUGCAUGAGGAAGUUGUCUUUCCUGUUUGCAAUAAAAAAUGAGGACUCGUGAGAAAUGAUUGCUGCAGAGUCUGGGCACAGACGUUGUUAAAAGUGGACUAUUCUAAAAAGUUGAUGUAUGUGAAUGUGAAUUUUUUUUUAUAUAUCAAAGAUAAAUAUUGCUUCAGCCAAAAGUAAACCUAUUAGAUGUGAACUUCUUUCAUGGCCAGAUUGAAAAUGUGGUCAAUCAGCUGAAUGUUUACUAAAUGUUUUGUUUUGCAAGUUACUUUCGCACAAGUUUUUGUCACUGUUUGUUGAGGCAAUGAAGCCUGUUACAAAAUGUGGUGUCCUGUGGUAUUUAUGAAAAGCAAGUAUGCUUAAAUGCAAAUAUGUGCUGUAACAUUUAAAUAAAUUAUAUACAUGUUGCAUGUAAAGUCCUCA